CCUCUGUCGUCAAAUUUUUCUUUAAAGUUUUUUUUACCGACGAACAUAACCCUGAAUAGUGCGAACUGUAUUCGAAAUUUGAAGAAACCGAGUUUUCGAUAUUGAGUGAAUAAUGUUUAAUAAUUUGAGGAGAAGCAACAAAUUAUUACCAAAAGUGAAAGUGUUCAGAGAAUCUAUUGCGACGGGACACCGGAACUUAAGUCAAACAAAAGAUACAGAGAAAGCUCCGAUUUACCCGCGACGUAUUUUUUCGGGUAUACAACCUACAGGUGCCGUACAUCUUGGCAAUUAUUUAGGGGCUAUUAAAGAAUGGGUCAGACUACAGAAUUCUGGGGAAGACGUCAUUUGGAGUAUCGUUGAUAUGCAUUCUAUCACAUUGCCACAAGAUCCCGAAGAACUACGAAAAAACAUUUUCGAUUUAACUGCGACUCUGUUGGCUUGUGGCAUAGAUCCGGAGCGCAGUAUACUUUUUCAACAAUCCACAGUUCCGAUGCACGCAGAACUCUGCUGGAUCUUAGCAUGUAUCACAACAAUGCCUAGAUUAGCACAAUUACCGCAGUUUAAAGAAAAGAGUGAGAAUCUCAAAAAUAUAUCUCUAGGAUUGUAUAUUUAUCCCGUACUGCAGUCAGCAGAUAUCCUAUUAUACAAAGCGACUCAUGUUCCUGUAGGAGAAGAUCAACUCCAACAUUUGCAGCUAGCGCAACAUUUGGCAAAUUUAUUCAACAACAAGUUCGGCAAGACUUUUCCUCUUCCUCAUUCAAUAAUUAACGACACAAGCGGUCGAAUAAAAUCACUGAGAGAGCCAACAAAGAAAAUGUCCAAAUCAAGCGACAGUGCAAGAAGUAAAAUUGAACUCACAGACACUCCGGACGUCAUAUUGCGGAAGAUUAAACGAUCCGUUACAGAUUUCACGUCUGAAGUAACUUACGAGCCUGAAAAGAGGCCAGGCGUUUCGAAUUUGGUUUCUCUACAUUCCCUCUCAAGUGGAAAAUCACCUCAAGAUAUUUGCAAAGAAUGCCAAGGAAUGGACACUGGAAAGUACAAGUUAGUAGUGGCUGAUGCAUUAAUCGAGCAUCUUACACCGAUAAGACAAAAAUAUUCUGAGUUAAUAGAGGAGCCUGACUAUUUAGAAAAUGUGUUGAAAAAUGGUACGAGAAAGGCAUUGGAAAUAGCCAGUCAAUCUUGGCCAGACAUUAAAGAAAAAAUAGGCUUUGGAAAUGGAAGUUUGAACACCAUGGCUUCAGCUAGUAAAAUAAAAGUGAAGAGUUGAAAGAAUUAUCAUCAAAGUGCAUAAAUUAUCUUUUAAUUUAUUGUAAAUAAUACAAAAACACUUUACAAAGACUCGUGUCGACCUAGAAAUAAAAUUUAAAAAACUACUGUUUCA